AUGCUCUUCAACUUUUGGCAUGACAGCUUCAGUUUAACCAAAGGAGUUGGUGUGUUGCCAGAUGGACCUCUGAAUGCAGCUGUAGGAGGGACAGUGAUAUUCAACACAACACUGACUCCACCAGAAAAACCAUUUCUGGUAGUAGCCUGGAGUGUUAUUAUUAACAAUACUGAAAGACCUAUCAUAACCGCCACCUCUUCAAACAACACUGAUUCAGAGUAUGAAGGCAGGAUCACCCUCUACAGAUCUACUGGAUCUCUGGAGCUCAGGAAUCUGACUCUUAAUGACAGUGGAACGUACAGAGUUAGCAUUAUAUCAGAUGGAGGAAACCCGAUAAUAGGAUCCACCGAACUGAAGAUAUUUGUGCCAGUCUCCAAUGUAAAGGUAGAAGUCAGCAGCACAGACUUGGUGGAGUUCAACAGCUCUGUCAGUCUGUUCUGUUCUUCUUCUGGAUCCUCCCUCUCUUUUGUCUGGCUGAACGGCAGCUCUGAGAUUAAACCCAGAGAGAGAGUUCAGCUCAGUAGUGGAUCCUACAAUCUCACUAUAUUCAAUGUGACCCGUUAUGACCAGGGACCAUACAGAUGCAAAGUGUCCAAUGCUGUCAGUGAAGGCACCAGUGAUCCAGUAAAUCUUUCCAUCAGCUUUGGCCCAGAAAACAUUACUUUAUCUCCAACACAAGAAUACUAUGUGGAAGGGUCAAACAUCAGCCUGUCCUGCUCAGCUGCCUCCAGACCCUCUGCUCAGUUUCAGUGGUUUCUGAAUGGAGUCAAGCUGUCUGAUACUGGACCAGAGCUCACACUGAUUAACAUUCAGGAGAGUCAGAGUGGGAACUACAGCUGUCAAGCCUUUAACAACAAAACUCUGAGAUAUCAAACAUCUCAGCCUUCAGCUAUAACUGUACUGGUGCCAGUCUCCAAUGUAAAGGUAGAAAUCAACAGCACAGACUUGGUGGAGUUCAACAGCUCUGUCAGUCUGUUCUGUUCUUCUUCUGGAUCCUCCCUCUCUUUCCUCUGGCUGAACGGCAGCUCUGAGGUUACACCCAGUGAGAGAAUUCAGCUCACUGAUGGAAACUCCACUCUCACCAUAUACAAUGUGACCCGCUAUGAUCAGGGAUUUAGGUGUCAUGUGUCCAAUGCUUUCACUAAUGGCACCAGCGAUCCAGUGCAAAUCUCCAUCAGCUGUGACUGA